CUGGACAAGGAUGAGAUCACUGGCGAAAGAGAGGUGGGAGGACCCAUUUCAAACGAGCAGCGGCCAGCAGCAGGAUCGAAAUGAUGAUGAUGCACGGCCAACAUCAGCGAGGAGACAAGCAAAAGAAUCACUGGAGUCACUUUUACUGGAAGAAGAAGAAGAAGAAGAAGAAGAAGAAGAAGAGGAAGAAGAGGAAGUAGCGGCGGUGGAAGGGAUAAAGAAUUGCGGAGAAAUGCAGGGAAGACAAUGGCUGCGUGCGUCGCAACAAGGUGAAUGCUUCCUCUCGCUCUCAAGGUGGCAUUUUGAUGGAGAGCAGAGGCGUUGCUGCUCGGCUUGUCACCAUCUUCCAGGCCGUGCGUACUGCUGCAUUGCAUUCUCUUACCACUGUGAGUACGCUCCUGAAACCUCUGCUGGUCCAUUUAGUAAUUUUAUUUCUCUUCUUCGCAAGAGUCGGAGAAAGAGGAGAUCCUCUGGCUUGCAAUCGGUCUUUUUCCGUCUCUAGGUUGUAGACGCCCCUUUACAGUGUUUCUUACUUCUCUUCUUCUUCUUCUUCUUCGUCUUCGCUCUCGUUCCUGCCUGUCGAGAUUUCUCGGGCAGGCCGCUUGCCGCUGCUCGCUGAGGACAGUCAGGAAAAAGGAGAAAAAAUUAAAGCCAGACGAGAAAAACCUUGCGUGUGUAUGGUGUAUGUGAGCAUCAGUAAAGUUCUUCCUUUUCACCUUAGGUGCAACGCAAACACACACAGUCACUUCUGCAAACACAGGGUUUUGAUCGACAUUGUAACUUGGUGCUCUUAAACGCGUGGAAAGCGAUGGUGGUAAUUCUAUUCGAUUUUGACACUCGUCCUUGCUGAUCACUACCAUUGCCUCCAGCGGGCCAGCGAUUGCGAUAUCAAGGUAUAUGAGUAUUAAGGUACUAAACGUCAAGAGGGAACUCUCAGUCAUGUCCAGUCCACUAUAGCAGCAGCAAAACUGAUUUCAUUCAUGAGGCCCAGGAAUUUGAAGCUAUUGUAGAAAACGGAAGCAAGCACGUACCGGGAAUUACUAUGCACUGUGAAAGCGAAGAGCGUUGAAUCAAACCGGGAGACGUAAAGAAAGAAUAAAAAAAAA